AAAUAACAAAUUUGCUAUAUCAGAGUCAGAAUUUAGUAGAAGAAUAGCAAAAUCUAUAGGCCAACUGCAACAGCUAAAGCUUACUGUCGAUGAAAAGGAUGAAGAUUCUGACUAUGAGACAAGAGCGUACAAAGAAACUCUUUCAGUUG